AUGUCCACCUUCACCCCGGCUCACCACACUCCCCACCUCAUCAUUCAGCCCGCCGACGCCGCACUCUCACCACCCGAAAGCUAUCUCUUCGUCCAGGAUGGCCUCAUUAUUGCCUGUGGGGUUCUCUACGCCUUUUGCUACAUCUUUUGCAUGAUCCGCACCUACAGCGACCGCACAUAUCCAUCUGCCUCGGUACAAGGAAUCCAGUUCAUGAGUCUGACGCUCGCUUAUGAGUUGUACUAUGCCGUGGUGAUCACAACGACGACUUUCGAGCUUCUCGCCUUUCUGGCCUGGUUUCUGCUUGAUCUGGGGUUUGUCACAGUAGCAAUCUGGCGAGCGCAUGGAAAUAACGAUCGGUGGGGCAUUGUACGAAGGAUGAUGAGUUUUGUGGUGGCAGGCGUGGCUGUAUUGAAAGGCCUGGCGAUGCUGUGGCCGGAUGAGAGGGAACAGAUUACAGCGUACUGGACCGGGAUUCUGCUGCAGCUGCCGAUCGGGUGGAUUUGCUUGUGGACAUUAUGGAAGGGUCGGAAUACCCAGGGGCACUCUCUCGAAAUCUGGCUGAUGCGAUACCUGGGCUGCUGCACGGCUUAUGGGGUGUUCUUCUGGCGGUACUGGAAUGUGCCGCAGAACUGGAGCUAUGUGGCUUCGGCAUGGAGUGUGGCGGUGAUUGUGUGGACGCUGCUCCCGGAGACGGUCUACCCGUUUGUCUACAUCUGGGUUUAUCGGACAUCCAAGGUGAAGGGGGAGUAA